AUGAUGUCGAAUAUCAAAUCUCUAAUGGAGGAUCUGAAAUGCAAUAAGUGCUUGAUUAAUACCAAAUGCGUUCAGCAGAUUUUCUUGUUCGAAUGCGGACACAUGAUUUGCCAGAGGUGUGAAAAAAUGAUCGUGCGACGUCAAUUUUGCCAUGUUUGUAAAAAAACUGCUAGAAUGAUGGAACUUCCAAAGGAAAAUAUGCAUCCCAUUAUGGAGAUGAUGUUUUGGCCUUUCGAUAAUGUGGUUACCCAAACUAUUAGAGUCAUGAACUUUAAAAUGGCGCAAGAAGCUACGGCUUUGAGAGAUUUGAUGCAAAAUUACAAAGCUGCCAAAGGAAGCGCUGUUACGUACCGUCUCGAACACGAAGCAUUGAUGGAAGAAGCCCGUACGUUGACAGAAAAACUCAUUGCCCAAGGAAAACCUGUUCCAUCAGUAAAUAAUCACCUUGAUGACCAAAGCGUUUCCGACGGCUCAUCUAUUAGAUGUGCUGCAUCCCUUUGUGGGUCUACUCCAGGAACAGCCCGUACGGAUGAUCCGAAGGACGUGUCAGGUGAACUUUCAAGAACGGGAAGGAUUGAAUAUUAUGUUUUUACAGAAACAAGGUUUAUUUAUUAUGGAUACAUUCAAAAAAUGGAUUUGGGUUUGGAGGAAAAUUCCGAUAUUAUAUUAAACCAAGCGGCGGAAGUGAGCGCAGAUUUAUUGCCAGUUAAAUUCAGCUCGAGAUAUGGAUACGGAUAUCAUCUUUUCACUGAAUGGCAGCAAAUAAUCAAAAUUGUGAGUGACUAUAUUUUCACUUUCAGUUCAUUUUUCCGAGACAUUCAAAUCUAUGAAACCGUCUACUAUGAAAUCGAUUCUUCAUGGUAA